UCUCCCAUAUAAACCCUUUACAUGCACAAAGCCCUGAUUCUUCAAAUGGGUUUGAGAAGGCUAAUAAUCUGUAAAUGGAGCUAUUUUACUUGUGUGGGAAUUGGGUUUCCACCGUUGUCUUAAAACCAGCACUAGAUUCUUCAAGUGGGAAGCACUCAUUCCCCAUUUGUGUUCUCACGAGUUUGAGCGGGUGUUUCUUGGUGCUGCCCGUAAUUUCUUCCACUAUGCAUCUGAUUCAUAAGUUGGAAAUGGUAGACAUUGUGAUCUUGAUUGCAUCCAAGGUAGCAGAUUGUCUGCUUGAUCCGAUUAUAGCACAUCUCAAUUACAUCACAAGCUACAACAAGAACGUGCAGAAAUUAAGAAAGGAAACUGAAAAUCUGAGGGUUAUGAAAGAAAAUGUGGAGCUCUCAGUUGGGGCAGCUGAAAGAAGUGGGGAAGUCAUAACACCAACAGUUGUUCAAUGGUUAUCGCGUGUCGACAAGAUCAUUGAAGCUGCACAGAAGAUGGGAGACGAGACUAAAUUGAAGGAGAAAUGCCUUUUUGGGUGGUGUCCAAAUUGCAUUCAUCGCUAUAAUUUUAGUGUAAAAUCUGCAAAGAAAAUGUCUGUCAUUGCUAGCCUUGAAAAAGACGGCAACUUCAAGAGAGUAUCUCAUUUACCGCCCCCUGGAGAGUUCGAGAACCUGUGUCAUGGAGAAGCUAAGCUUUUCGAAUCAAGAAAGCCGGUUUUGGAUCAGAUUGUGGAUGUAUUAAAGGACGAAAGCAUCGACGUUGUCGUGUUAAGUGGUGUAGAAGGAAUUGGCAAGACUACAUUAGCUAAAGAAGCUGCUAAGAAAGCAAAGGAAAUGCAACUUUUCGAUCAUGUUAUAAUGGCGCUGGUUUCCAAGAAUGUCAACCUGAGGGAGAUUCAAGAUCAGAUUGCAGACAUGUUGGGUCUGAAAUUCACCGAAGGGAGCAACUAUGGACGAGCACGGAGGCUUUCCUCGAGAAUAAAGAGUGAGAACAAGAUCCUCAUUAUCUUGGACGAUGUUUCGAAAAGCCUCGAUUUAGAGUCUGUUGGAAUUCCAUACGGAGACAAUCUUGGCGAUGGCAAAGUCUGCAAGAUCUUGGUGACAACACCAAAUGAACGCAUAUCUAAUACAUUUGGAAGAAAUUCCAAGAAAAUCUCAGUUGGAGACUUGCCAGAGGAAGAAUCUUGGUCAUUGUUUAGAAGUGUUGCUGGUGACAUGGUUGACUCUCCUGCCAUUAAAGGUGUAGCAAAUGAUAUUGUUGGAGAGUGCAGAGGCUUGCCUUUGAUGCUUGAGACAAUUGGGAAGAGAUUAAGAGACAAGGAAGUGGAGGAAUGGAGAGAUUUGUUGCUACAACUAAGGAGGUUUAGAGCUGAAAACAAAGAUGAAGGGAGUCUACAUAGAUUCCUAAAAGAGCUUGAAUAGAAUUGUGUAUUCACUUAUUCUUGUAUGUUUCUAAAAGAGACAAUAGUUAUCCAUUCAGAUUCAAUUUGGAACUCUGUAAAUCUUUUCUCGUCUAACAGUAACAGUUUCCAAGUCUUCUCUGCCUUCUCAGGGUGGUGGUAGUCAGUCUUGAGGGACUGACACUUUCCUCAAUCUCUCCUCUUUACAG